UUAGUACCGUCUCGCCUUUGGAUAUAGACAGACGUUAUUUAUCAUCGACUGUGCUUCGUUCAGCCAUUGUGAUUUGUGUUACCACGCGUUUUUCUGCUGAGAGAUAAAAUACCAUAAACUUUAUAACAUGUCUUUCAUGUUACAACAUCUUAAGAAGGCUCGGCAAGUAGACGAGGCGAUUCUUUCGGAAGAGGAUCGAAUGGUUGUUAUAAGAUUUGGCCGCGAUUCGGAUCCCGAGUGCAUGAAAAUGGACGAAGUUCUAUAUAAUAUUGCAGAAGAGGUUCAAAACUUUGCUGUAAUUUAUCUAGUUGAUCUAGAUAAAGUGCGUGAUUUUACACACAUGUACGAUUUUGACGACCCAUGCACGCUCAUGUGCUUCUUCAGGAAUCGACACAUAAUGAUAGAUCUGGGAACAGACGACAAUAAUCAAUAUAAUUGGGCCCAGGGAGACGAGCAAGAGAUUAUCGACAUUCUGGAAACAGUGUGCAAACGUGCGAGAAAAGAUCCAGGCUUGGUUGUAUCGCCUAAAGGUUAUUCAACCUCGUGCAGAUACACAUUUAUGUUCACCUAUACGAAGAAAGCCUGAGAGAGCACGUGCGGGAUAACAUAACCUCACUUGAUUGGUUCAAGUGAAGAUUAUAAGGGCUACCAUUUAAAUAUUCAUAUCAACUCAAUGGUGCAGGGUUGAUCGUAAUGUAUGAGAAAAGAUACGAAUAAAAGUGUGUUAAUGAGGAAAUAAUGUGUAUCUAUACAUAUCAAGUCAACACUGAACAAAUUCAAUAAGAGAAGCUCCUUACUCCGGCUGCUGGAGCCGAUCUUUCAUGAUCCAAUUGAUGAAGGUCAACCAAAGAAGAAUAGAAAAACAAAGACUGCCCAUCUUAUUAAAAUACAGCAUCUGCAGGCUCUCAGAAAGAGUAUUAAAUGUUCGGUCAAUAAGCUGACACAUAAAUUAUUUACUCGAUAACGAGUCAUGUAAGGAGAAUUUCUGCCCAACUAUGC